CUCGCGUAUACACUUUUAUACACAUUUAUAUAAUGCGUCCGUAAUUUUUUUAAUACAAUACAUUUGUGAUAUUAUUGUAUUGAAAGUGAAAUUUUGAACAAACCAAUGUAUUAUACGGUUUUUGCCGUAAAUGGGCCAAGAUUAGAAUCGACGGAAUCAGAGGAUCAUUUUACUGUCACGCCAGCACCGCCGGACAUUAAAAAAUGUCUUUACCAAGAGAAUUUAUAUACAACCAGGAGUUAUCCAAGCUGGAAGGCGAUAUCCUCGGGUCUUCAGCACCGCCAACGUCGACAGCGCCAGUAUCCUGCUCCAUCGAUCUUCCAGGAGAUGCAAUUACAGAGGCGGUGCUGUCCCCCGAGGCAGCAGGAUCCUUGCUGUCGAUUCAGUCUGCGCCUCCAGAACAGAGUGAGAGGAUUGAACAGAGGGAACGACCUGUCAGUUUACUCUUAGAACUGCCGUUGGCUACUCAAGUAGGCGCCUACCUAUCAGCGAUGUCGCCGACGGAGCAAGAAGAAGACUCUCUUCUUACGCUGUCGUCAGUCACAGCACGACCGCUACUAGCCGCUUCUAGAAAACUGAGGCCGCAAAGCGAGAGCACAGACACAUCGCCACCAGAUGGCGGUUACGGCUGGGUGGUAGUAUUUGGUGCAUUCAUGGUGCAGUUCUGGGUGGCUGGACUAUUCAAGUCAUAUGGAGUCCUUUAUGUGGAGAUUAUGGAAACUUUCCCAGAUUCCUCUGAGAGUGUCGCUUCUUGGAUACCAGCUGCACUGUCUACUUUGUGCUUAGCGUUAGCUCCUUUAUCAUCAGCCCUGUGUGAAAAGUACUCCUGUCGUUUGGUCGUCUUCAUAGGCGGACUCUUCUGUGCAACUGGCCUCGCUCUCUCUUUCUUCAGUACUGGAUUGCUGCAUCUUCUACUUAGCUUUGGGGUUAUGACUGGUAUCGGAGGUGGAUUGUCUACGACUCCUGGCAUAGUAAUAGUAUCGCAAUAUUUCGACAAACACAGGGCAUUGGCAAACGGCAUAUGCGUGAGUGGCACAGCUGCUGGAAGCUUCGUUUUCCCAAUGCUGAUAGAAAAAUUGGUCGGUGUGUAUGGGCUGCAUGGGACUGUUUUAUUAUUAGGUGGUGGUAUGUUACAUGUGUGUGUGGCAGCUACGCUUUAUCGUCCACCUCCCACGAUAAGAUCCAACACUCCAGUCACCACAACCACGACUGAGAAUACCACUCUGCUUAAUGACAUACAAGAUGGUAAAGCUCUACCGGCGAAGGAUAACAAACUACAGAACCUUUUCCAACCAGAGAGUGAAAUAGCAAUGAACCAGAAGAAUGCCCUACUCAACGAUGACAAACGAACUAAUUUCUUCAAUGAAAUUAUGCAUCCAAGUUUAAUUGAGGUAGCCCGGCCACCACUGCCUUGCCAGAUGUCUGAUUCAGAAGAUUCCGAAGGGAUGGACGUUUUAGGAGUUGUUGGCUUGCCCCGUGAAGUUGCCCGGCUGCGUCUGCGUCCAACACGCUCAUCGUCAAUCCUACACUCCGUGGAAGAUCUAUCCACAGACAGCACAUGUGUUUAUAAAGCGAGUCGAAGGAAGAUUAGCAGAUCGCUAUAUAUAAAGCCACCUUUGCCAAGCCGGAUAAUCCCUAAUAAAGUUCAGGAACCGGAGAUAUUAAAGAAGGACGAAGAAGAGAAGAAAGAGGAAUUGGAAGAGGUAAUACAGAAGGGAUGUGUCGCCACAAUAUCAAGAUAUUUGGACGUUUCCUUACUGAAGUCCUGGCGCUUCGGUCUCUUGUGUACGUCAGUAGCACUUAUGUCCUGUGGUUCUCCUUAUGCGUUAUACUACUUACCAGCUUAUACUGUGGCCGUGGGCCAUAGUAAGGCUGCAGCAGGUCGCCUUGUAGCCAUCAGUGCUGUAUUAGAUCUAUGUGGCAGAUUAGGACUGGGAUGGCUGUGUGAUUUACAUCUAUUUUGCCGACGAAAAGCAUACAUAAUAAGUAUCAUUGUGGCCGGUGUGGCAGUAUUGACGCUUCCUAGCUUGACAUCUUGGUGGGCGUUAGCAAUUGCAUCUGGUGCUUAUGGAUUAUGUUUGGGUUGCUGGUUCCUCCUUGUACCAGUUUUACUAGCUGAUGCCUUUGGAACUGCUCGUAUCGCGUCUUCAUACGGUCUUGUCAGGAUGUUCCAGAGUUUAGCAGCUGUUUCUGUACCACCGACUGCUGGCUUAAUACGUGAUGUAACAGGCGGUUACUCAUGCUGUUUCUACGGAAUGGGAUCCUGCAUGGUCCUAGGUUCUAUUCCUGUCAUAGCCUUUCAUAUUGCCACAAAAAACAAAGAGAAAGAAUGAACGACCGUUUACAAUUUUGGUGUUAAAAUGUGCCACGGGUAACUAAAAUAUAAUAUGUUCCCAUAUUAUAAGUUAUAUCGUUAUAAUGAAUAUCCAACUCAAUAACGAGUUAUAAUGUAUUAAAUAUUAUAUGGGACGAUCUAAGAAACAAAUUAAGGGUAAUUCACCCCCGAAAGAUCGUGAAUUUAUCAGCUUUUAUAUUAUAUAAUCACUUGCGAUUCGAUUAUAUAAAAGUAUGCGUUUUAAAGUUAUAAUUUGAAAUAUUGUUCUCAAAUCACCGAUUAAAUUUAGACAGUUUUGUUACAGUUAGAAUUGACCUUAAUUUACCCUAGUUUUAAUUACUUUAGACAAGAAGAUUUACUUCUUUAGUGCCUGAUUUUAGUUGCAGUUAAAUAUUUGCUUUAUAAUGAUUAUUAUAUUGGUUAAAGUUGCCAAUCAUGUCGUGCUGAACAUACAUUGGUAAGUCAUAAGAUUCGGAGACAAGUCUAAGUCCGAUACGUCUCUUCCUGACAUGUGUCAUCAAUGUGAAAGACAAUUGAUCUGUCAUUUUAGUCACUAAGUUGUCUGUGAAUUUUACUCUUAGAGUUAAGAUAUCAACGCUAUUAAAAUGGUAUGUCGAUGUUAAAAAGUAAGUAAAUAAUCCAUCAAACUUCACUCAUUUUUUUUUUUAAAUGCUUACUCUUUUUAGCAUUUAUUCAAGCCAUUCCAUGGCCUGAAUAGAAAUGUUUGUUUAACAUUUCUAUUAAUGUCUCAAGACGUUUCAGUCCUACAAUAAUUUUCGUUUUCAUCUAUAUUUAGAUUCGCUCCUACCUAGUUAUAUUUUUUUAGUAUUUAACCCAUGGUUUGGGUUGAUCUAUACAAUUAUCAGGUUUUUUGGUGAAAUAAAUAUUGUGACUCGAUAA